GCCCGAUAUGAAGCGCAGAGAGCGGCUCCGGGCUCACGGACACGUUCCCCGGUACCAGAGGAGGAGUCGGUGCCGCUCAGUCGAUGCUCAGUACCGGCGCUGGGUCAGUGGGGGGCGCCUGGGGCUCAGCUCGGAGUGGUCUCCCACCCACUCACUCACCCACUCGGGGCAGCCGGACACCAGUGGGGGCCACUUACCUGCACUGACUGUGGCUGCGGAGAGCGCAUGCGCGGAGCCAAAUUCAAGCGUCUGGGGGAGAGGGAAACCCCCCUGAGCCGGUGUGUUCCCAAGAGCUAGCACUCAGCCUGGCAAUAACAUGGUGGACCGGGGCCCCAUCCUCACCUCUGCCGUCAUCUUCUACCUGUCCAUUGGGGCUGCCAUAUUCCAGGUGCUGGAGGAGCCCAACUGGAAAGCGGCCACCCAGCUGUACAAGGAGAACAAGGUGAAGAUCCUGGCCAAGCACUCCUGCCUCACCCCUAGGGACCUGGAGGAGAUCCUGGAGACUGUAUCCAGCGCCGCGGGGCAAGGAGUGACCAUUACUGGGAACACUACAUUCAACAACUGGAAUUGGCCCAACGCCGUCAUAUUCGCUGCAACAGUCAUCACUACUAUAGGCUAUGGGAAUAUUGCCCCCAAGACAUCUGCUGGGCGGCUCUUCUGUAUAUUCUAUGGGCUGUUUGGCGUGCCCCUCUGCCUGACGUGGAUCAGCGCCCUGGGGAAGUUUUUCGGAGGACGUGCAAAGAGACUGGGGCAGUUCCUUACCAAGAGAGGAGUCACCUUGAGGAAGGCACAGAUCACCUGCACAGCCAUCUUCAUCAUCUGGGGGGUUCUGGUCCAUUUGGUGAUCCCACCUUUCAUCUUCAUGAAAACAGAAGGGUGGGAUUAUAUUGAAGGUCUCUAUUUCUCCUUCAUCACCAUCACCACCAUUGGGUUUGGAGACUAUGUGGCAGGCGUCAAUCCCAAGGUGAACUACAAUGUUCUGUACCGCUACUUUGUGGAGAUCUGGAUCUACUUGGGCCUGGCCUGGCUGUCUCUCUUUGUCAACUGGAAGGUCAGCAUGUUCUUGGAGGUGCACAAGGCCAUAAAGAAGAGAAGGAAGAGGCGCAAAGAGUCCUUUGAGAAUGACCCCCAGAUGAAGCAAACCAAGGCCGUGCCGAUGACCAACCCAAAGGACGUCAAUAUUUUUAGCUUCCUAUCUAAGAAGGAAGAGACCUACAAUGAUCUGAUUAAACAGAUCGGUAAAAAUGGUUUAAAGAACAGUCACGAGAAAAUACUGAAUGGCGAUGCACAAGCGAACGGUAGCGGGAACACCGGGGGGAGGGACCUCAUGGUGAUGUACAGCAAGCGCAGUGGGACGGGCUACGACAAAGUCAGGUUCUCAGAUGGCCGGCAGAGCGCCAAUGGGGCGGAGCCUCUUCAGGACAAAGACACGGCCGUCCUUAUAAACCAGUUGGACCGCAUCAGCGAGGAGGACGGCGACACGUGGGACUCCAAAGACUUCAAACCCCUCAUCUUCCAAAACGCCAACAUCACUUUUGUGAACGAGGAAGAGUCGAACAGCACCGAGGAUGAGGAGAAAUCAAAGUCUUCCAAUGAGGACAACUUGGGCGUGCCGCCGACCCCGACCCAGAUGGAUGACUUCGCCGGCCUGGAGGAGUCUUCCUUUUCCAGCAGUGACACAGAGGCGCCGGUUCCGUACGAGCAGCUCCUCAACAACUACAACACCGUGCACAGUGACAAGUCAGUGACGUGACCGGGUUCUGGCCCGUUCUGGGGACCAGAAACUCCAUAUUGUGGUGCACUUAUUUUUAUUAUUAGAACUGUUGGACCAACUGGAUGAAACCCAACGGAAUUUACUCUCUUUGGACCCAUUUCUGGAGACUUUGCACUGGACUAAAUAAUAAUGGGGGCAGAAGUGGGACUUCCCUUGGCCCUAUGGGGAAUCUUCCACCAGCAACGUCUCCACCUCAACAAGAGAGUUCUCCAGCCCAAGUUCUUCUGGUUCCUCACCAGAUCCAGUUUUUAUUUCCUUGAUGAAGAUACUUGAAACCAAGAGACUAUGGACCUUUCUUUAUGUAUAGAUUGUAUUUCUGAGACUCAGUAUUCUGGCUCCAUAAUGGAUGUUGGGUGCCAUAUUUAAUUUUGGAGACUUUUAUAUGGGGCUAGAGGCGGGCAGCCUCCACAUAUCUGCCACUUGCCCACGUGUGGCCUUUGCACAGUUGGUACCUUUAGGCUAAACUUGAACCUGGUGUCCAUGACAUGCUCAUGUAGAAGUGGGUGCCUUCAACAUCGUAAUCUAGAACUUGGUGUCUAGACUAUUGCAUUCUAGAUCCUAGUGCCUUAAUAUCACUCUAACCUAGAGCCGGGCACCUAGAGCGUUUCAAUUCUAGACCAGUAGAACCUUGGAAAGAUGGUCGGAAACAAGUGCCUUGUGCCUGAGCUCAUUGGAUUAUUCCAUUUUAAUGCUACUUUUUAGGAGCAAAGGUAGAACAAGUAUUUCUUUUAUUAUAAUAUUUUUAACUGAAAUUUGCCCCCCCAAAAAACCCUAGAAAGACAAGUAAUUGAUUUUAAAAUGUAUUACAGGCAGCUCAGUGCAGCCACAGAUUCCCUGAUUUAAGUGGUGAUAAAUGGAACAAGGCGUACUUUGCCUUUAGAGCCACGGGGCACAGAGCUACAUGUAUGUUUUACACAUAUGUUCUACACGUAUGUUCUACGCGUAUGUUCUCUCCAUGUAAAGCACUAAGUCACACUCCGUAUCCAUGUAUUGACUGUUACACGUUACCCCCCAUGCUGCACGGCUAGGGGGCAGUUCAUUUGGACCCCAAAAUGUCUUGGGGAGCAGCCCCAGUCUGAUCAAAUUCCUAGGGGUUUAUAAAUAAGAGUUGUGAUUGGCUGUUUCUUAGCCCAAUGUGAACGGCAGCUGCUGAGGGUAAACUUUGCCUUUGUGCCUCCAGGACCGGAUAUAAGGGGGUGGCGACACGUUACCCAAGGGGGUCACUGCCUUAAGGAAUCCAGCACAGUCCGCAGCAUCUAACUGCCCAUAUUGUAGCCUGUGGAUUUAAUAUGUGUCUUGUUUAUGGCCGUUUUGCUCUAGUGCCGAUGUCGGGGCCCCGUUAGAAGGUUCUCGUGGGGUCCAACAUUUAUUUAUAUCUCUGCGUUGAUUUGCUGCUUUUUGACGCUUCCCCCCCACCCCCCAAAACCCUGAGGAAGGACAACUGGGUUAUUCUCCACUCACAGCAACGGGGGGUAAUUGGGUAUUUGGAAUAGAGACGUUUCAGCCGGUGUCUGUGAUUGGUGUUUGUUCCACUCCUGGGGGUUCUGUUGUAACCGGACCUGUUGCUGUACAAGGGUUUCCUGCCCCAUUGGGGGUCCAGAGGGAUAGGCCUGACAUUAGCCCCGAGAUGUGACUGUCUCUUUAAUUCCCUGGGGUAUUUAGUGUGGGUUGGGAAGGAGUUUGCCCCUUGGCACCUUUCUGCUCUGGGAAGCUCUUGACCUGAUUAGGGGUACAGCCCCCCCAUAACUACAGAGUGGAGAGUUCCCAUCCAGUAUUGUGUUGGAUGCUGGGAGUUAUAGGGGGCACCUAUAGAAACCCACCCCCAUACCUGCCACUCCCAUAACCCUGUUUCCUGCAGGGAGUCUGGGUUGGGGUGCAGCUGCUUUACAACCCCCCCAUCACACUGGCUUAUACUGUAUAUCCUACCAACACCACAGGGUCUCGUCCUUGUACCAAUACAAUAUGGCUGCUUAUGGCGUUUUCACCUUCGGAACCCCAGAAAUGCACUGUAUUUGCACCCCCAGCACCCUGGGACUUGGUGCAGGGAGUUGGAACCCCAAAGAAAUGAGAGAUAUAAGUUUAUGAACUUGGCCCCUGGUCACCCUGUUUGCCUCACUGUUGGGCUGGAUUCCCCAGUGGGGAAGGUUCUAGAAUAUCCAGUUACAAUACUCACUGGACUGGAGGGGGCGCUCUUGUACUGUUCCUAUAGCAACACUUUCACUCCGUGAGUCUUACUUCCCCUUCAUCAAUGCCUGAGCUGAUUACUGGGGGCAUCUGUUAAUGUUCCCGGGGCCCCGAGGCCUAUUCCCCCUAUACGAGGGUUCCUUGGGGGCCCCCCUAACUGUGACGCUGUUGAGGGGCUCCAUGCAAGAGAAAGGGGGGGCUCCCAGCUGCCUUCUGUUUGUACCGGGACGUGCUGAAAGCUUGUGCUGUUCUGUGGCCCCAGUAUUGUGAGGUUUGGGGACCCCCGGCUGUGAGUCGGGCAGAGCCUUUAUUAUUUGUGCCACUGGAAUCACUGUAUGUAGAUAUCUGAUACUCCUGUGUAUUAUAGUGUAAUUUAUUUUAAUAUUUUGCAAUAAAAGAACAUUAAAGGAAA